UAACGAAAAGAAAUCAGGGGACACGUGUAGAGCGGUUAUUGGUAUUCGGUUCGAGGAAUAUAAGAGAGAGACGGUAAAAAUUGAAAAGGCAAAGAAGCAAAUGGAGAGAGGACAACAAUGGCGGGCGCAGCAAAGCAAGCAGCAAAUGUGGGGAAAAGGCUGGCAGAACAGAAGGCGACAAAAUUGGCUGACGGACGGAGUUCGUGUGUGGUGGGAUUUACCUAACGUUGAUUGAUUCGCGGGCGAAUUACUUGCGUCUAUCAAGGAGGUUAGAUUCGCGUAGAAUGGUGGGUAAGGGGAGGAGAAUCUGAGCGAGGGAGAGGCUAAGAAAGCAAGGGGAAAUGAAGAAAGGGGCUUUAGCGCCUGUAUUGAAGCUCAAUCUUCCGCCUUCUGAUGAAGCUUCGCUCUCCAAUUUCCUGACUGAGUCGGGAACGUUUAAGGAUGGGGAUCUGUUGGUUAACAAAGACGGCGUUCGCAUUCUUUCCGAGAGUGAAGCAGAAGUUCCAGCAUUAAUACAGCCAUUGGACAACCAAUUGAGCUUAGCCGACUUUGAUGCAAUUAAAGUAAUUGGCAAGGGAAAUGGGGGGAUUGUGCGCUUGGUCCAGCAUAAAUGGACUGGGCAAUUUUUCGCUCUAAAGGUUAUUCAAAUGAACAUCGAAGAGUCUGCUCGCAAGAAUAUUGCACAAGAACUUAAGAUUAAUCAGUCAUCUCAAUGCCCCUAUGUUGUUGUUUGCUACCAAUCUUUCUACGAUAAUGGCGCAAUCUCGAUAAUCUUGGAGUAUAUGGAUGGGGGAUCUCUUGCAGAUUUCCUGAAGAAAGUUAAUAUGAUUCCGGAGUCAUUUCUGGCUGCUAUUUGUAAACAGGUACUUAAAGGGUUGUGGUAUCUGCACCACGAGAAGCAUAUUAUACACAGGGACUUGAAACCAUCGAAUUUGCUGAUAAACCAUAGAGGUGAAGUCAAGAUCACCGACUUUGGUGUCAGCGCCAUACUUCCCAGCACUUCGGGUCAAGCUAACACCUUUGUCGGCACAUACAACUACAUGUCUCCUGAGAGGAUAAGUGGAAGCAACUAUGGUUACAAAAGUGACAUCUGGAGCCUUGGCUUGGUAUUCCUUGAGUGCGCAAUGGGACAAUUUCCGUAUUCCUCUCCCCAACCUGGAGGAUGGGCCAAUGUCUAUGAGCUGAUGGUUUCCAUAGUUGACCACCCUGCACCUCAUGCACCUUCCGACCAAUUUUCGCCGGAGUUUUGUUCAUUUAUAUCUUCCUGUCUUCAAAAGGAUCCCAAAGACAGACUGUCAGCUAAUGAACUCAUGGCACAUCCGUUCAUCACUAAGUAUGAUAAUCAAGACGUUGAUCUUGCGUUGUACUUCACUGGUGCUGGACCUUCACUAGCUGCAUUCUAAACAAGGUGGCGGGUGUAUUCCACGACGUAUACUUCACUACCACUGUUUUAAUCUUUGAUGUUGUCGAGAGGAGACGGCACAGCAAAUCUCAGGUUCUUUCCGAGCACUUGAUAACAUUAGAAGCCUAUUGUUGUGCAUCGAUUAGAAGGCAUUGCUAUAGUUACAGUAGCAUAGAAUUAAUGAAUUGAAGGCUGCCAAUUUAAUAUUGAUUUGCGACGAAUAAUACAUACAUAUAUCUAUAUCCAUAUCCAUAUCCAUAUCGAUAUCUAAUAUAUCUAUAUUAUCUUCACUGUCUAUGAGAUGGUUUGUGCAGUGUGUCAUGUUUGAGUUGCAUUAUUGUUAGUUGAGUUUUUGUAAAAUUUUUAAGGGAUGGUUUGUAAUUUUGUAUCAAGGUUUGGACUCUCUUCUCUUAAAUGUGCAAUAAGCUCUUCUCUCUUC